GAACUGGGGAAGGAUAUCCGGGAGGAGUUCUGGGAUCCUGAUGGCGACUUUAAGGUCACAUCAGAUGCUUUGGUGCAAUAUGUGUGCGGUAAGCGCGCAGAAGUAAUUGAAAAGAGAAGAAAGGCACUGCGGCCGCUCAAUACACAUGUAGGGGCGCUUAUGGAUGCAAUUCCGCCCUCGAAGACUCAUCUGUUCGAGGGAGAAGCAUUUACCGACCUGAUAAAACAAUUUGGGCAGUUUUUUCGGGCCUCGAGGCCAAGAUUUGAAUCUCAAAACAGAGAUGCAAGCUCCUUUCGUUCGCAUUUGGCCACGCGAAAGAUGCCACAGUCUACAAUGGCAGGAUCAAGCCAGCCGAGAUUGGAGAUCUGGCACUAA